AUGCCCCCCGCAGCAUCAGAGGAUUUCUUCCACCCUAUUAAUCACCUUUCGCUUGAUAAUCAUACCCCGCUGUCGCAAAGCCCUGGUUCGGUACAGGAGUCAACUGGCGGCAAGAAGAAGAAGAAAGGGAAAAACAAGCAUGGAACAAAAGGAAAGGAUACACUGCUACCACAAACGGACCAGAUGGCGGCAGACGAAAUCCAGCCUUCUCCCCCAUCCCAGUCCGAUCCAUCGUCAUAUCCCGGCAAUGUGUUCACUCCCCCCUCUGGCAAUGCCGUCAUCUCUCCGGCAUCCCCGGUCCUAGGGGCGUUGGAUCCCAUCAACAACAACAACCCUGAGAGCGAUACCGUCCUAAGGACAGACGCAUGGGCAAAGUCCAUUCCAUUCGGGAAAAGCCCUCCAAAUGACAUUUUAGACCCGGCCUUUGCCAGUGGUUCUCCCCACAGUAUACCAAAUACACUCGAAAGAGCUGCGUUUGGGAGCCACAUAUCAUCAUCAGCGUCUCCUCCUAUAGCUCCGACGAGGCCGAUGAAUUAUGGUCCAGUUGGCAUCGGAUCACCACGCCAUCCAUCUAUUGAUAGACAAAAACGUCACUCAAUGGGUGCUCACUUUCAAAGCCAACCACCACUGCCACACCUGCCCCAAGCCCAUUUCUACGGUGCUCCAGAAAUCGACAUUCCAUCUCCACACAGGUCUGGUGCUGGCAGCCAGUACUCCUUUUGUGGGUGGGACUCUAUCCCGGGCCCUUUUCUGAAGACAAGCAAAAUCGGCGGCAGAGUGCUCUUGGUUGGCACUGAUGGGGAGCUCCACGUCAUCGCGAUAGAAAGCCAGAAAACACGUACGGUCGGGACACUGACCGGUCUCAAUGGACGCGUUCUUGACGCAAAAAUUUUAAAUUAUGCUUCGAGACCCGACCCAUAUGCAUCGUCUCGACCUCAUGUGGCUGUUAUCAUACAUGGCCCGGUGGCCCAUAAAGACGAACCUGGAGACACUUCCUCGAUUGGUUCGGAGCAGAACGAAAUUCUCCCAGGCCUACCCGGAAAGUCGGUGCCAAGCGAAAAGCCACAGAAUAAAGAAGACACCCUAUAUCAGACAAGAGUGGAGAUAUAUUCCGUCAAAACUGGGGAUCACAUCAUGAGCCUUUUCCAGAGCAAACCUGCACCCUGUUUUGAAAGUUAUCCCAAUCUAUCUUUGCUUGCCCCAGCGCCCGUUGGGAGCCUAAGACUGUAUACCACCACAAACUACGUCAUUGUAGCUUCAGGGGUCAGCGGUGAGGUCUUCAUCUAUGGCAUUGUGUCGUCUGGAUCUGCCGCUAUGUAUCAGUGUCUCGGAAAAACAUGGACUACGAUACAGUCCAAAGAAGUCAGACGCUACUCCACUUCUUCUAGUUCUACAGACCAUGAUGGAUCUCAAGCUGAUAGCCAACAUGGGCCUGGAUCUUCAGAAAACCCUAUCAUUUCGCUCAGUGGACGGUGGCUUGCUGUUGUUCCACCUACGUCUUCGUCCAGAGCACCGCCCUUGGGAUCUGUCCCACAGCAGUGUACACAGAGGAAGAUCCACGGCCUAGACACACACAUCCCACCAUCUAAGCCGACUAUAAAUUGUGCCACAGACGUGGGAGACGGCGAAAGUCUGUUCGAUAAAGUUGCCAGAGGCGUCACCCAAGAGCUUUUCAAGGGUGCCCGAUGGAUGGGUGAUCAAGGUCUGCAAGCGUGGAACAAUUAUUGGAAUAAAGAUCAGCAGGCAAGUCAAGGUGGUAACCGACGCUCUUCUCCCUAUCCCGACACCCAGCAGGGAACACAUGCCCUGUUUCCGCCCACUCAUGGUCAAGAAACGUCUGGGGCGUCAUCUUCUGAGCCAGACUUGGUUUCAAUAAUCGAUCUGAAAAGACUCGAACACGGACAAGACCCUAAGGGGACUUCUCCAGUGCCAUUUGCAACCUUUCAAGCUCCCAAUGGAUGCAGCUAUCUUUCAUUCGCGCCCAACGGCCACAUGUUGCUAACUGCAAGUAAAAAGGGGGAUGUCCAAUAUGUGUGGGAUCUUAUGCAGGCCAAAAACUGCAGAACAGCUGCAUUCUUGUCUGAUGAUUUAACCGGCAACAACGCCUCUACUUCCCAUGUACGGCUGAUAGCAAGGUACUCUCGGUUAACCACUUCGAACAUCAUUGAUAUCGUUUGGGCGUAUCCCACUGGGGAGAAGUUCGCAGUUCUUACUCGGAAGGGCACAGUCCAUGUUUACGACAUCCCUCGAGUAGCGUUUCAAUGGCCACCUCUUCGACGAGUACAAGCGAAACCUAGCCGACCGCAGUUAGAAGACCCGGCAUCAUCCACCCCAGAAUCGGAAGGGGUAGGAUCUGCCAGCCCGUUUGUGAGUGCUAUGAAGUUCAUGGGAGGGACUACGCAGCCGAUUCUCGCUGCUGUCCGAGGUCGUGCCCCUAGUGUAGGAAGCAGCUUUUCUGGGACUCCUAGUUUUGGUAUCUCGUCGGCAGCUGGAAUUGGCGGCAAAGCUGUUGCGGCUGGUUUGAGCAAAUCUAUGGGGGCUGCUACUGGCACGGUGAGCACGCUGCGACACGUAGGGGAAAACCGAUUGCACUUGACUAGCUUCGGUAGGGACCCUAUGGCAUCUCGCGUUACGUGGGUCUUGAUUCACAAUGAGAGUCUGUUGGGCGUAAUUGAUUACGGCUCAUUCAAGAUAUAUAAGGUCAAACGCAGCACAGAUAGAAAUAAAGCUCGGCGUCACCAACCCGUCAUUGGGGGCAAAGUAGCAGAGAUGAAACUGCCAGAGUAUAUGCAAAACCCUUCUGGGCCUCUGCAAAUUGGCCUCCCAAUGGAUGAUAAGGUGGUCGGAAGCUGGUCAUCACCACUGGCUACAUCCCAUCCUUCAUCGGUUACGAAACUAAGUUCCCAGCCACUCUCCCAGGCCGAGAUCGAGACCAACACUCCUUAUCAACCAUUCCAUACAGACCGGAGAGUCACACUGAAUGUUAUCAUUGACCCUACAUCAGCAGCAGGGCCUCCAUUAGGCUCAUGGGUCUUUGGAAAUGAUAUUCAGACGCAGAAGCUUCAUGUUCAACCUCUACCCCAUAGUGAUGAUGAGGAGCUCACUGGCCAGAUGAUGGGAAACCCAGAAAUGGAAAAUUUGAUCAGUCUCGGUAAUGGCGGGGAUCAAGUUGAGGAAGUUGUCAUCACAACAAAGCGAAAGAAGAAAACCUCCGCUGCAUUAUCGCCUACUGGUCACCGGGACGACGACGACGGGUUCUUUGAAGAUGACUGCGACGUUCUGGACUUUGCCCAGGACAGAGUUUAA